UCUUGGAACUAUCAUAAAAUGGGAGGGGGCCAGUACAAAAACAAACUCAUGACUGAAACAUCUGUUAGUCUAAAGAGCAGAGAAGAACAGACACAUAGGUUUGAGGGGCAAGCAGAUUUGCGAGGACUUUUUCCAGAAGCACCUAAAAGAGCUGUUACUUUGAAGACUAUUAUUUUGUUACAUCUUCCUUGAACCUGGGGACAUUAUUCAGUCAUAUUGCAGUACAGCUGCCUAGCACUGACAGAAACCCUGGUGGAGUGUUUUGUUCUUUCACAACCACGGGUGAUAGCCUCACUGUUUGUGUCAGUCUUUGGCCGUGUUAGCUGACAGACUGAGCAACAUGUCAGAGAAGGUGAAGCCAGAGAGCGUGUCGUUGUAUCCUCUGGGUACGGCUGCUGCCCCUGAGCCAGAGCUGCUGUGUAUCUUUGGGACGGGGGACUUCGGGCGUUCUCUGGGCCAGCGCCUGCUCCAGACUGGCUACAGGGGGGUGUACGGCAGUCGCAGUCCUCACAGCUGUGGUCCCUUGCCUCAGGGAGCUCAGGUGAUGAGCCAUGCAGCAGCCGCCCAAUUGGCCAGUCUGGUCUUUAUUUGUAUUCACAGAGAAAACUACAGCUUCCUGGAGACACUUGCACCUCACCUCACUGGGAAGGUGCUGGUGGAUGUGAGCAAUAACCUCAAAAAGGAUCUAUACCCAGAGGCUAAUGCUGAGUAUCUGCAGAGGCUCGUUCCUGGAGCUCAUGUGGUGAAAUCUUUUAACACCUUGUCUGCCUGGGCCCUGCAGAAUGGACCCUCAGAUGCAAAUAGGCAGGUGUACCUGUGUGGAAACAGUCCUGAGGCGAAGCAAAUGGUAGUAGAGGUAGCCACCAAACUGGGCUUCACUGUUCUGGACAGGGGGUCUCUGUAUGCAGCCAGAGAGCUGGAGGACUUCCCCCUGCAGCUGUUCCCUGAGUGGAGGCUGCCGCUCCGUGUGGCAGUCGGCCUCUCCGCCUCCUUCUUCUUCUAUGUGCUCAUUAGAGAUGUCAUUUACGAAUAUGUUGAACAAGGGAAGGACACCUCCUUCAGAAUCAUGGUGUCUCUGGCCAAUAAGGUGUUUCCAAUUGUGUCACUCAUCAUGUUGUGUCUGUGUUAUGUGCCUGGUCUCAUAGCUGCCUUCCUUCAACUCUACAGAGGGACCAAAUACAAGCGUUUUCCUGACUGGCUAGAUCGCUGGAUGCUGUGCAGGAAACAGCUGGGACUGCUAGCACUAGGCUUUGCCUCUCUGCAUGUACUCUACACUCUCAUCAUCCCCAUAAGAUAUUAUGUGAGAUACAGGCUUGCUGCAAUCACCAUCUCACAGAUACAGAAGAAUCAAACAGACGAGUUUGUCACCGGCAUGGCCUGGCGUACUGACUCUUACUACUCUAUGGGAAUUUUGGGAUUUGCCCUGUAUCUCGUGGUGGGAAUAACCUCUCUCCCCUCUGUCAGCAAUGCUCUCAGCUGGAGAGAGUUCAGCUUCAUACAGUCCAAGCUGGGCUACCUGACAUUAUUCUUCUGUACCUUUCACACCUACCUGUAUGGCUGGAACAAGUUCCUUAAUCACAGUAGCUACAAAUGGUACACUCCUCCGCCCUACAUGCUGGCGCUGGUGUUGCCCUCUGUGGUGCUGGUGUUCAAGCUGCUGGUCCUCCUGCCCUGCGUGGACCGCAGGCUCACACGUAUUCGACAAGGCUGGGAGAAGGAUGGUCCACAUGAUGACAGCAAGAAAUCACUGCUAGAAUAGAGCUAUCAUAAUUACAGACACAAAAUAACAGUUUAAGCACAGAAAACACCGGUACAAAGACACAACACUGACUUGCUUUCCAAGAGCUCUAACCCCAGCUCACUGUUUUGGAUGUCAUUGAUUCAAGACUAUACAUUUACAUCUAUUACUCUGUUCUCUAUUGUUAACAAAGUCAGUGGAGAAAACAGUCUCUCUUUACAUAAUCAAACUGGAUUUGCUCCAUUUAUAAGCAUGAUAUUGCACUGAGUAGGUUUUCAUCAGCUAUAGAAAUACCUACACAGAAAGACACAGACACACAUUAAGGAAACUAUACCGUAUUUCAAGUAGUUUUCAACUUUGUGUCUUUUUCUCCUCUAGUUCUAUAAUCACACUAUCAUCAUGUACAUUCAGUAUUAUUACAGAUUUCAGCUCAAGGUCAGAUGACUUUGUUUCCAUUUAACAUCAGCAGCAACAGUGUAACCAAUUCUGAGUUAUAUGUCUCAGGAUUUUUGGUCAACCUUCAACUUCAGUAUAUGGUGAAUUAUGUUUAUUAGACUUACUUUGUCUCUUUUGGUGUAAAUUUUUCUUUUUUCUUUUUGCUCUUCCUUGUUAAUGUUCCUCUUGUCAUGCUCUCACUCUUUGUCCUGUCUCCUUCUCAUGUUUUCCAAGUUAUUUUGGAUCCAGCCCCUCGUCUGUGUUACUCAUCUGUUUCUCAUUUUUGUAACCACUCAGCCAGCUUAGAAGCCAGGCAGCCAGCAUUACCUUCCUGCCAGAGUGUCCAUGCAGAAGCGUCUACUUUUAAUCAUCUGCAUACAUUCCUACUUUUCAGAUUGGUUGUUAACUCUCUUUGGUCUUCUACCAUGCUAGCUCCUAGUUUUGGACUGUUGGACUCACCAGUUUAGACCAGGGUGUGAAUUACACUGUGCAUUUUGGGUGACUUCUUUCAACCGACAGGGGGUUGGGGUAAAUGGGUGUGGGGGAAUGGGACAGAGAGGCUGCUGAGCUCAGGAGGUGAUCUCCAAUCGAUUUGACACCACAUUCACAUACAAUAAUAACACGUGAACACAGCUCAUGAGACAUGAUAACUAAAAAAUAUGCAGCAGAUGUCCCAGUCAGACAUUCUAUAGGAAUUAUUACCAGCAGGUAGAGUCACUCACAGUGUGUGUGCUGCUGUCCCUCAUUAUUCAGUUAUAAUUAUCUCUAACAAUUAAGUUUCACUAAGACAUACCUUUGUAUUAUCACAGGGAUACACACUGACAAAAGCAGUUGUAGGCAUAGAUAAAGUAGAUGGUGCAUUAUUAACAGGAUGUGUGCUCCCACGAACCACAGUUUCUGGCAGAUGAUUAAUUGCACAACAUCAUAAAGUAAGUGAUCACAAUAUAUACUUUUAUGUAUUAUUUUAAAAAGAAUAAACAUUAAAUUUACAUGCAAACAAACUGAAUUGUGUAGAUAAGUAGAAAAUAACUAGGCACAUUACAGAGACCCCUCAGAAAUUUUAUUUUGAGAUUUUUGUACGUUGGUUUAGACGCUUGUGUCAUGUUUCUUCUGGUCCAUUUCCUUACCCCUUGCUAAUUUAUUUGGAUAAACCUCUGCUUGGACAUUUAUUUGUUUUCAGGACAUAUUCUGUUGUCUGUUCCCUACCUGAACUAUUUGGUUCAGUUACAAACUGUAUUUGCCUCUGAACCAGCCAUUACUCUUGCCUGUGUUCCUGUCUGCCUGCAUCAUGACCGGCCACUAUUACUUACCUGUCUUCUUAUUUUCCUGCCUCAGAGCCUACACUUACACUUACUCAUGCCCACCAUUUUAUUCACUUAUCUGACCUGUUUAUAUUCGGUACUAUGUGUAUCACUAUUAAAAUCCUGUUUACAAACACCCA